AUGACGAAUAUUACACAAAUAGAGAUUUCUGCAUUCGAAUCUGAUUCGGAUGCAGAUCCCCAUCUGGAACACAACGAUUUGCCAGAAAAUUACAGGAAUAUGACAAUGUAUCAGCGUACCAUAGUCUACGCCAUAAUCCUUCAGCGCUUUGGAUUUUCGAAUGAAGAAAUAGCAACUAUAGAGGACAUGAUGGCAAUAGUAUUUGGCGCUCAUCCUCCCAUAUCGGAGCUUAAAGAUCGGAGUGAUAUUGGGUCUUUUCCUGGCUAUAGAAAAGCGAUUGAAAGAAUUGACGAGUUUCGUAAAGGCCAUAUCAAACUGCUUUUAUCGGUGUCUCUUGAUGGUUUCCGCCCGCGAAGGAUAUCAAAGAGAGAGAUAUGGCCACUAUAUCUUCGUGUGGAAGGAUUGCCCCAAUCGGAAGCCAACAAGUAUCACAACUUCUUACUAGCAGAAGCUAUCUACAGUCGCAUAAAGCCUGCGGACAAGAUGAUGGAGAUCCUGUUCACUCGGUUUGAGUCCGAGCUUGCGAGCCUGCGUGAUGCUCCACUUGAAGUACAACUCAAUAGGAAUACGUGGAAUGUGGAAGUGCGAUUGUAUAAAGGAGUCGCAGAUAUGGCUGUUCCAAAAGGAGAAGCGGCGUUAGCGCAUGACAGUGACAAGAGUGGCGAUCGGCGCAAAAUAAAUGUAAAAGAAAUGAUACUCAGGAAACGUGUGCGAAAGAAGAGAUCUGAUGAAGACCCCCCACGAGGAACUGUGCAAUGUGACCCGAGCACUUAUUGCGACUGCGUGGCGAGGGGCAUACUAAAUAUGGGAAAGGCGGCGGCUCUAAUUUGCAAAAAGCGACAGGAAGGGACGUUCAACAGCGCCGUCUAUGAGGGUGAAAUCAAUCGAGCAACGCAUUUACGCUUGGCGAGGACAGUCGAGUUCACCGAGAAGAGACAAAUAGACUACGGAACAGCGACAACAAAUGUGGACCUCAACAACUGCGCUAACAUAAGGAGGAUCAAAGCAAACCCGCCUUUCAAGCAAUGCAAGUUGAAGUCCUUGGCUGCCAAAUGGCAGCCAAGAAAAAAGGAUAUUACCGACUCACCACAAGCAAUUCAGAUGUAUUCCAUGAGGAUGAACCGGCGGAGUGGUCGGGAUGAGAAGUUAUCGAAUCUCCCGGAGCACGUUGAAGCACUAUUAGGUUUUGGCGAAGACGUCCUGGGAUUUGGACGAAAAGAGAUAGCGGACGAGACAAUGGACCUUACAGACUCCGCGUUCUACAAUGGCCUCGGCUCUACUGAGGCAGAAAGGCGACAAGCGUUUGAGAAGCUCCGGACGCAGAGGAGCAGCUGGAGCGGAUACCUGUUUGCAGCACUACAGAAAGCAUUGCGUGGCAUACGCUCGUACACAUUCGAUGUGGAUUUGGGAUGGACUCCAGCAAAGGUAAGUUCAUUUAUGCACAGAUUAUAA